AUGGGAAACGUAUGCGGAGGAUCUUCACAAUCAUCAUCUAGUAGUAAAAGCUAGAGAGCAUUAAGAUUAAGGGAUGAAAAAAAACCAGCAUAAUAGGCAAAAGUAGUAUUAUUAGGAAAUAUAGCAGUAGGAAAAACUGCAAUCACUCAAAGAUUUAAAUAAGGAAUAUUUGAUCCAGCCCACCAAGCAACAUUAGGAGCAGCAUACAUAGAAAAAAAUAUUACAUUAUAAGAUAAUUCCGUUUUGUCUUUGCAUAUUUGGGAUACAGCAGGAGAUGAAAGAUAUCGCUCAAUCCUUUCCAUGUUUUAUAGAGAUUCUUAGGCAGCCAUUUUAGUUUAUGAUGUGACUGAUGCAGAUAGUUUCAAUAGUUUGUAAUUAUGGAUAAACGAGCUUGAAGAUAAAGCAAAAACAGAAGGCAUGAUUAUAGCUCUAGUUGGUAAUAAAAUAGAUUCACCUUAUGAAAUGGUAAAAGUUUCAACAUAGAAGGCAGAGCAAUUUGCUAGAGAGAAAAACUUCUUGUUUACUGAGUGUUCAGCCAAAACAGGAGAAGGAAUAGAUAGAAUAUUUAAUAUGAUAGUUGAAGAAUUAAUAAAAAAGAAAAAAUCAGAGCAUAACUGA